AUGGUCUCUCUACCACGCCUAUUUCAGGCCGCCACAGCACACGAAGGUGCCCCGGUCCCUCCUUCCCCAUCAAUACGAUCCGCCGAUCCUAACAAGACGGUGACCAACAUGACUGCGCAGGGCGGCAGCUCGCCGACGGCCCUCGGCAUUCCCGGCAGCCUCAAAGCAAUCUUCGGUGCUUCCGAUGCCCACAACCCGACGGCAACUGACGAGUACGUUGACGAGAUUCUUCCGGAGUAUCUUCCGGGCUCCUUGCUCAGUUCCAACGCUACCAUCAGCCGUCGAUCUCGCCUCGACGAUUCCGCCGGCGAGGGUCUUCGCAGGAACGUGCUUGUCCGUAACGCAAUGCUGUCAAGCCUGGAGCGCGAGCGUCGACAGAUGUCUCAGGAGAUCCUGGAUUACUAUACUGUGCCAUCUAGCCCUACCGAGGGUGCGAGCAGUACGGCCGUCGCCUUGGACGAAGAGGCUCAGUUCUUCGAAGACCUGCUCUCGGAGCUGAGCGGUGGGGAUGGCUUCAAUGCCGCAAGCAGCGAGCUUCCACCGACGGGCCCAAGUCCCCUCGGACUGUGCCCGAUCAAAGACGACGCAAAGCUUCCUACCGACGAGGAAGACUUUGUCAAGCUCGACUCGGACCUUCCAUCGGAGCCAGUGCUGGCGCAGCUGGUAUCUUCUUCAUACCAAGCAGCCCCACGCGAGGCAGCCCCUGAGGGCUCGCAGCUGCGCGCCAAAGUCGUCGACAGGAGCGCACUUACACUGGUCGACUCCUGUGUAGCAUCCUGCUCGGAAACCCCUGGCAGCGACGAGUCAAGCUUCGCAGAAGCAACUUCUCGCCUAAUCCCUGCUUCCAGCUGCUGCUCUGGCUACCCGAACGUCUGCCCAUAUCCUGCCACAAGCAGCUCUGUGGGAGGCUCAUCCGAGGAACUUCCAGCUCUGGUGGAUGACAACGACAGCGACCUCGACGAGGAUGAGGACGAGGACGAAGUCGAAGAUCAGGUUCAAGAUCGCCAUGAAGGAGAGGUAGUGCGCGCGACGGAGAACAUUGCUGCCGGCUCAGAAGGCUGCGCGAUGCUGAAUGCAAACGGCGACGGCACGCUGUCUCGCCCGCUCUCACCGCUUCUUUCACCUGUCCAUUCCGUGUACGCCGACUACAAUGCCUUCCGUGAUCCGCUCUCGCCGGAGCCUUCGCGUCCAACCUCGCCCAUGUCCAGUGCCUCUUCAAAGGGCGACGGGGAUGCGACCAGUCCUCUACUCCUGCCGUCAGACAUCGGCCCGCUGCCGUCGCUGGCUGAGUUGUCGCUGCAGCUACCUGCAGCUGCAGGGGUCGACUUGCUCGCUCGCCCUCGCGCAUUGGCUGGUGCAUGGUUCGACAACAAGCUCGAUACACCCGCUGCCAGCUCUAGCGCAGACCGCAUGCGCUGGACCACCUCUCCCGCCACAUACUUCCGCUCCACAGCGGUAGCGUCGUCAUCGUCAUCGACGCUGGCCAGUCACCAUCCUCCUAGAUUCGGUAUCGACUAUACUCGCAGCAACUAUCCUUCUACGACGGCAGAAGACUCUACCGAACACUCCGUUGUCGUUCACUGGUCACGUUGA